AUGGAGGGCGACGUGCGUGUGCGUGCAGUGGUGAUGACGAGGGACGACUCCAGCGGUGGGUGGGUUCCCCUGGGGGGCGGCGGCCUCAGUCAUGUGGUCAUCUGUAAGGGGCGGAGUCAGGAAGGCCGCGGGAGGAAGCAGUACAUGAUACGCGGGGAGCGGCUACGAGACCGAGCUCCCGUGCUGGAGUGUGUGGUGCAGAAGGGACUGGUGUACAACAAGGUGAACCCCAUCUUCCACCACUGGCGCGUGGACGAGCGGAAGUUCGGGCUGACCUUCCAGAGCCCCGCCGACGCCAUCUCCUUCGAGAAGGGCCUGCAGGGCCUCAUCGACAAGAUGGACAGAGGGUCAGACUCAACGUCCUCUUCCUCCACCCCAGAGGAAGGAGACACAGAGGACGACGGACAAGCAUCCCACACAGGAAGUGAGUCGUCGUCCAACAGCAGGAAGGAGAUGCUUCCUAAACCCAUCACCAUAGUAACCAGUGAGUCAUCCUCCACCUGCUUCGUGCGGCCUGAGGAAUUUGGCUUCGCCGCCGGACACGGUGUAACCACGCAGACGCCAGCGCAGAUCCACACCAGACCAGGGCAGCUCUCGCAGGUCACGGCCGUGCUGAACCCCCCCACGCCCCCGCCCCCUCCCCCGGCACCCCCCACCCCUCCGUCGGGCCCGCCGGCCUCCUCCUCCUCCCCUCUCUCCCCCACCUCCCCCACCAUCUCCCUGCUGGAGGAGGGAGACCUGCGCAGCCUGGACCCCUGCAAGGACCUGUGGGGCUCGCGGGGCUACGAGGACUACCGGCGGGCCGCCUCCACCAGGACCAUGGUGGGGGGGCUGACGGGGGGCGUGGUGGUGGGCGUCGGCGGGGCGGGGCUGCAGGACAAGUCGGAGCUGUGCGUGGUGCGCUUCGAGAAGGAGCCCGGCUCGGCGGGGGGCGGCCCGGCGGGCUGCGAGGUCACCGUCAGCCUGGACAGCAAAGGGUCCCGCCAGCGGCUCUCCUCCUCCUCGCCCACCUGCGUGGCCUCCUCCGCCCACCCCUCCUCGGGGGUCUCCUCGGCCGCCGGCUCCCCCCAGGAGACGGGCAAGUGCUCGCCCUCGCCGUCGCCCUGCUGCCUCCACGCCUCGCUGGCCAUGCCCCCCUCUCGGACUCGGAAGCGCGGCGGCGGCGGCGGAGGGAACGGGGGCGGGAGCGGGAGCGGGGGCAACGGGAGCGACCCCGGGGGCUGCACGGGGGUGUGCCCCGACGACGAGGACAGCCCGUGUCCGCAGGGCUCGUCGUCGUGCUCGGCGCGCUGCGUGUACUGCCGCUCCGUCUUCAGCUCCUCGGAGAACGGGCGCGGGCGCUGCCGGGACGCGCCCGACCCGGCGCUGCACUGCCUGCGCCAGUGGACGUGCGUGUGGUGCGCCGAGAGCCUGCUGUACCACUGCAUGUCGGACUCGGAGGGGGAGUUCUGGGAGCCGUGCUCGUGCGAGGACUCACCGGGCGGCAGCGGUGGCGGCGGCGGCGGCGGUGGCGGCCACACGCUGUGCUGCGCCCGCUGGCUGGCGCUGCUGGCGCUGUCGCUGUGCGUGCCGUGCAUGUGCUGCUACCUGCCGCUGCGCGCCUGCCUGCAGUGCGGCGAGCGCUGCGGCUGCUGCGGCGGGAAACACAAGGCGGUGCGGUGA